AUGUCUGUUAUUCAGACGAGUUUUGUCACUCAACCAACAGCAUCUUCUCUUAAUGUCCCCUACACGCAGGUCAUUGAUCCUGUUACCACUAUAUCAACAAUCACACACACGGCUAUCGAUCCCGAUGACAUAGGCCUCAAUCAGGUCAACCCUCUCAUACCUAUCAGGCCCAUCGAAGUUCAUGUGCCACCACCGGUUGAAAUCCCACCACGAAUUCCAAAUAACCCCCCUUCCCACAAAAAAUCUAAAGAGGAGCCCGAGAUCGAUAUAGAGAUCCCCGAAAAUGACAAUGGUUCUGCAGCUAACAUGUCUUUCCCGAUCUUUGGAAUCAUCUUUCUUGCUUUUGCAUCGGUAUUCAACAGUGUUUAA